AUGAAUUGGCAUCAUUGGAGCCAGAUCACGAUCGUCUUGAAAGAACAGCUUGAAGAUCUAUCCCGAAUUAUGGAUAAAUUCUGGGAGGUAGAAGAUGUUCCUCGCAAAAAAGAUGUGAAGAAAGCUGAGGAGUCUUUAAUCGAAGCCCAUUAUAUUCAAAAUACGACUCGAGAAGCUAAUGGGCGGUACGUAGUUAGUUUGCCUUUUCGCACGGGGGUGGAAGAUUUAGGCAACUCAAAAACUACGGCUUUAAGGCAAUUUUAUUCACUCGAACGACGAUUGAAUUCAAAUCCCGAACUUAAGACUGAAUAUUUUCGAGUAAUGCAAGAUUACAUUGACCAGGGGCAUAUGUCGGUUGUUAAAAACGAAAGUGAGGUCAGUUAUUUUAUGCCGCAGCAUCCGGUGUUCAAACCAUCUAGCACAACUACCAAAGUACGAGCCGUAUUCAACGCUUCAAGUAAAACUGAUAAGAGGGAUUCACUGAACGACGUGCUUAUGAUAUUAGUAGACUCUCGCGAUCGGAAAUACCAAUGUAUAUUUUGGUACAACAAGGACGGGCAGAUUAAACCCUUUGAAAUGAACACCGUAACUUUCGGUAACGCCUCCGCGGCUUUUUUAUCUAUUCGUACAGUGCAAAAAUUAUCAGACGAUGAAGGCCAGAAAUUUCCUUUGGCUCAAUCAAUUUUAAAGCAUCAUUUUUACGUUGAUGACCUUAUAACUGGUACAAAUUCUUUGGAAGAAAUACGCAUGAUACUUAAGGAUGAGAAGAUGGAGCACGACCAAUGGAUCUAA